AAUAAUACCUCUGAGGAAAAAAGGAAAAGGGAAGUAAAUCAGCAGCUAGGGUUUGACUGGGAGACAUUUCUGAUCGCGUGAAUUUCUGUUAGAGGAAUCAAUCGGAUCAUCGAUUCCGUGGAUUUCGUUUAUCGAAAAGCCCCCUUCCUCCCAAAGGAUCUGGUUUUAUAUCCCCCGCGACUUUCGUUUCUCUCUCCCCGAAAAAUUCGAUGCAAAUCUAAAGAGAGAGAGAGAGAGAGAGAGUGACAACCACUGAGUGUGCCUUUUCGAACGUUGUUGCUAUUUGAAGGUCUUUCGUUAGCGUGUUGCUUCUCCUUCGACUUUUUUUUUUGUUUGCUCGUGACUGUCAGAUUCUUUGGAGAAUUGUAUGCAAUCUGGAGGCAGUGGUGGUGGAGGGCCCUCCCGGAAUCCGGGUAUGGGUCCCGGUGGUCGGACCAACUCCACGUCAUCCGCUGCUUCUCCUUCUUCAUCUUCUUCUUCUGUGCAACAGCAGCUUGCGUCUAGGCAGCAACAGCAACAGCAACAGCUGAGGAACAACACAGAGGGAAAUGAUGGCAUGUUUGCGUAUCAUGCUGGUGGGGGACAGGGAAUGAUGGGAGGUGGCAGCUUUGGUUCUUCGUCUGGCUUUAUGCAGCAGCCUCAGAAACCUAGGAUGUUCUUUGAGUCUCCUCAACAACAACAUAAUUCUUCCCAAGAGGGCCAACAGAGUUUUAAUCCAAUGCAGCAAGCGUACAUUCAGUUUGCUUUACAAGCACAGCAACAGAAAGCACAGCAGCAAGCUAGAAUGGGAAUGAUGGGUCCAUCAACUGUGGGUAAGAAGGAUCAAGAUGCACGGAUGGGUGUGUUGAAUAUGCAAGAUAUGAUGAUGAUGCCCACCAUGCAGGCAUCUCAUCAGGCCCAGGCUUCUUCGUCUAAGCCACCGGGUGAACAGUUUGCUCACGGUGAAAGGAAGAUGGAAUCAGGUCCUCAGCAAAGGAACGAAACGAAACCUCAUCCUCAGCAGGUUGGAACGGGACAGCUAAUGCCUGGAAAUAUCAAUAGGCAAAUGCAGGCACCACAGGCGAUGCAGGGUGUCAAUAACAUGGGAACCAACCAACUUGCAUUCUCCCAGCAGUGGCAGGCGAUGCAGGCAUGGGCGCGUGAGCGUAAUAUUGAUCUCUCUCAUCCUGCCAACGCCAGCCAAAUGGCGCACAUCCUUCAGUCAAGAAUGUCUGCCCAACAGAAAGCUAUUGAAGGCAAUGUGGCUUCACAGUCACCGUCUCUUCCAGUCUCUAGCCAGCCCGUUUCAUCUUCAGCGGUUCCAGGCGAGAAUUCACCUCGUGCCAACUCUGCUAGUGAUAUCUCUGGGCAGUCAGGACCAGCGAAGGCCAGACAUGCAAACUCAUUUGCUUCGACUUCCAGUCCCAGAACGGUGAAUCCUGCUGCGAGUCCCUUCUCCCAAGGGAGAGAUAAUCCAAUGUAUCCUAGACAUUUAGUUCAGUCUACAAAUGGGAUGCACUCAGGAAAUUCCCUGCAGACGUCUGCAAAUGAGGCGCAUGUUCUGGAUCAGAAAAAAAGUUUAGGUUCUUCUGAACAUUUGCAGAUGCAACAGCCUAGGCAGCCGAAUGCACCGACUCCAAAUCUAGCAGCUCCAUCUGAUACUGCCCCACUCAGUAACUCUUCCCGUCAGAGCGGACAGGGGACCCAACAAGCACAGAAGCGAUCAGGAUUUACUAAACAACAACUCCAUGUUCUCAAAGCCCAGAUACUGGCAUUUAGGCGUUUGAAGAAAGGAGAAGGUUCUUUGCCUCAGGAGCUUCUUCAAGCUAUUGCCCCACCACCGCUUGAACUGCAGACGCAGAGGCAAAUUUCUCCUGUGAGGUUACAAGUUCAGGAUAGAUCUUCAGACAAAACUGUAGAAGACCAAGCAAGGUCGCUGGAGUCUGGCAGAGAGUCUCAGGCUGCUGCUUCUUCAAAUGGACAGAUUUUUUCUAAAGAGGAAGAGAAUGUUAGAGAUACAGAAGUACCUUUGGCGAAGAGCCACAGCCAAUUAUUUCAAAACCGAGGAAAAGAAGCUGCUUCUACUGAUGCGGUUACGAAAGUGGAGCAACAAACUGAUGUAUUUCCUGUUAAGUCAGACCAAGGAGCAGAGGCUAGUACUCAAAAGACUCCUAGAAGUGAUUCUAAUGCUGAUAAGGGAAAAGCUGUUGCAUCUGACGGAGACCAAUCUAAUGUUCCGUCAGAAGAAAACACUCCCCAGCAGCCCAAGGAUACAGCCUCUGCCAGGAAAUAUCAUGGACCGUUGUUUGAUUUUCCCUUUUUCACUCGGAAACAUGACUCUUAUGGGUCUGCAACAGCCAAUGCUAAUAACAAUCUCACAUUAGCAUAUGAUAUUAAAGAUCUGAUUAGUGAAGAAGGUGCGGAGUUUUUUAAUAAAAAAAGAACAGACAGUUUGAAGAAGAUAAAUGGUCUACUAGCAAAAAAUUUGGAAAGGAAAAGGAUUAGGCCUGAUCUUGUUUUGCGGCUUCAAAUUGAAGAGAAAAAGCUUAGGCUAAGGGAUCUUCAGGCUCGUGUUAGAGAUGAAGUGGAUCGACAACAACAGGAGAUAAUGUCCAUGCCUGAUAGGCCAUACCGUAAAUUUGUGAGGUUGUGUGAGCGCCAACGCCUUGAAAUGAAUAGACAAGUACUGGCCAGCCAGAAAGCUGUUAGAGAGAAGCAGCUGAAAACCAUUUUUCAGUGGCGUAAGAAACUCCUUGAGGCUCACUGGGCUAUACGUGAUGCACGCACUGCUCGUAACAGGGGAGUGGCCAAAUACCAUGAAAAGAUGUUGAGAGAGUUCUCGAAGAGAAAAGAUGAUGGCCGGAACAAAAGGAUGGAGGCCUUGAAAAACAAUGAUGUAGAAAGGUACAGGGAGAUGUUGCUGGAACAGCAAACAAAUAUACCUGGUGAUGCUGCUGAAAGAUAUGCUGUUCUCUCUUCAUUUUUGACCCAAACCGAAGAUUAUCUCCAUAAACUUGGAGGUAAGAUUACUGCCACCAAGAAUCAACAGGAAGUGGAGGAGGCAGCGAAUGCUGCAGCAAUUGCAGCGAGGUUGCAGGGCCUGUCAGAAGAAGAGGUCAGGGCAGCAGCUGCUUGUGCUCGGGAAGAAGUUGUGAUCAGAAAUAGAUUUACGGAAAUGAAUGCGCCAAAAGAUAAUUCAUCUGUCAACAAGUAUUAUACUCUGGCUCAUGCUGUAAACGAAGUGGUUGUGAGACAACCCUCAAUGCUUCAAGCUGGAACUUUACGUGAUUACCAGCUGGUUGGAUUGCAAUGGAUGCUCUCGUUGUAUAAUAACAAAUUAAAUGGGAUCUUGGCUGAUGAGAUGGGUCUUGGAAAAACUGUGCAGGUAAUGGCACUGAUUGCUUACCUUAUGGAGUUUAAGGGGAAUUAUGGACCACAUCUCAUCAUCGUUCCCAAUGCUGUUCUAGUGAACUGGAAGAGUGAACUCCAUACUUGGCUGCCAUCUGUUUCAUGCAUAUAUUAUGUUGGUACAAAGGAUCAACGUUCAAAAUUGUUCGCUCAGGAGGUUUGCGCCAUGAAGUUCAAUGUCCUCGUUACAACUUAUGAGUUCAUUAUGUAUGAUCGAUCAAAACUCUCAAAAGUUGAUUGGAAGUAUAUUAUAAUUGAUGAGGCACAACGGAUGAAGGACAGAGAGUCUGUUUUGGCCCGAGAUCUUGACCGGUACCGUUGCCAACGA